AUGUCAGUGAAAAUAGGAUUGGCGAAAUGUUUAAGUGAUAAUAUAGCACAAAAACUGAGUAGUAACAAGCAAAAUCUAAGACAGGAAGUGAGGCAUACAAGAGAAGCUUUGAAACUCAUUAAUAAUUACCCUAAUAAAUUAGUCAGAAAGUAUGUAGGGAAAUGUAAAACUAAAAUAAAUAAUGAUAGUAGUAAUAGUGAUAGUAAUAAUAAUAAUAUUAAUGACGGCACCAACAAUAAGGAAUCUAAAUCAUCAGUAGUAAUUCCAUAG